UAAACCCACGAGGGAUGGGGCGACCCAGUAAAAGGUCCUACGAAAAAGCUUACGCUUUGAGCAUUAUAAAGGCUUGUAGCUUCCCUCUCUCAAAUGGUUGUUCCCAAGUCAAAAAGUCUAUUUCUUGACGUUUCUUUCCUUCAACUCUCUCCUCUAUCGGUACGGUUGAAAAACCAUUCCUUCUCUUGCUUGAUCACCAAGUUUUGCUUUUGAAUUGUUAGAAACUUCCGUACACGUGAUUGUUUCUUCAAUUUCUUAUUCUUUUUCUAUAUUUUAUCUAGCUUAUUCUCCCAUAAAAUUUUCAUUUUUUUCUUUUUUUUUUUCCACUAGUUUCUGAUAAUCCAACCCUGUUGACAAUUUCACACUGGAUAAAGGAACCCUCACUUUUCUUCCUUUCUCAGUUUCAAAUUCUGGGGUUUUGGGGUUUAUGCUACAGUGUUCUUCUAAAAGUAGCUUUCACUUGGGGUGAUCCUGUUUUGGAUAUCAAAAUCUGAAAAAGUUCAGUUUUUGGACAUGGUGCUUUGGCUACAAAAUUCUUGAGAUUACAGAUUCAAGGUUUUGAAGAGAUUAAAUGAAAUGGAUGGAUCACAGGGAAGCUGUAACGCGCCGCCGCCUUUUCUUACUAAGACAUAUGAGAUGGUGGAUGAUCCAAUGACCAACUCCUUGGUUUGUUGGAGUGAAACUGGUUAUAGUUUCAUUGUAUUGAAUCCACCAGAUUUUUCGAGAGAUUUGCUGCCAAGAUAUUUCAAGCACGAUAACUUCUCAAGUUUUGUCCGGCAGCUGAAUACUUAUGGAUUCAGGAAGAUUGAUCCUGAUCAAUGGGAAUUUGCAAACGAGGAAUUUAUCAGAGGACAGAAACAUCUUCUAAAGAAUAUUCAUAGACGCAAGCCAGUUCAUAGCCAUUCCUUGAAUCACCAAGGGAAGUCUAGUGUACCUUUAACUGAGAUAGAAAAAAAUGAAUUUGAAGAAGAAAUUAAGAGGUUGCGUAACGAAAAGUGCCGGCUUCAAUUGCAGCUACCGAGGCAUCAGAAAGAGAAUCAGGAAUUUCAGUUUCAAAUAAAGUUGUUGUCUGAGCGUUUUCAGAAUAUGGAAGACCGACAGAGACAGGUGAUGGUCUUCUUGGCUCAACUGAUGCACAAACCCCACCUUCUGUCUAUGCUCAAGCAAGAGUCAGAAUUUCAUAACAAAAAGAGAAAGUUGUUGAAUUCUAAUGAAUCCAAUGAUGAAUUUAACAGAGAAGAACAUCACAGUUUGACUUCUCAGAAUGCAAAACUGGGAGCAUCUUCUGCUCCUAUUUUGAAUUUGGAACAGAUUGAGGAGUUGGAAUCAUCUAUAAAAUGUUGGGAAACAUUGCUUUACGGAAUUGGAGAAACCAUGGGUGAACGAGUGUAUGAUUUUGGUAUAUCAUCACAGGCAGAGCCUUCUCCAAUUGUUGUUACUGAAAUGCAGACAUCUUCUGGAGACUAUGACAUGGAUGGUGAACUUUGCUCACUUACAUCACAUCCAUGCACUCCUUAUUCAACAGAUAUUAAUUCAUCUCCUGAGCUGGCUGACAGUCCUCCGAUACCAUCUUUUCACCACAUAGUCAAUCUUAAGCCAAAAUCUUCUGAAAGUGGGGUAAACUCAGAGCAUGCUAGUCCUCCAGAGACUGGUCAGGUCUUACAAAAACAGGUAGAAGCAGCAGCGGCUACUGAUCAUUCCAUCCCGGGCAAGGAAAAUGACGUCUUCUGGGAACAGUUCCUGACAGAAGUUCCCAACACAUCGGAUGCACAAGUGAUCCAGUCGAACCCUAGGACAACAAGUGGAAGAAUAAGUGACAGCAAGCCACCUAAUAACCAAAAUUGUUGGUGGAAAACAAACCUUUCUCCAACUGAAAGAAUGUAAUGUUGGUUGAUCCUUUAACUUAGAGAAAAAGGUGCAGGCAGCUACCUGGGCUUGCAAUUCAUUGAAUUUUGCCUGAACCCAUUGUUGAAGUGCGUACAUAAGAUGCAUGCUGAUAGUCAGACCUAAGCUUCUUUAAAUUUUGUAGCCAUACGAUAUGAUAUGAUGUAUAGAAGUUAGGUUAUAGGAAUCUUAUCUUUUUGUUGUAUAUUUAUCUAUGUUAUUUUUUUUAGUUAUUAUGCAAUAAUUUUCACUUUGUAUUCAGGAUUUUCCUUUUCUUUACUUAAUAAUUUUGUUCCUAUUUUGGAUGUAGCAGCUGUAUGAUGUGGGUUGUGGGAUUUCAUUGUUGAGAAAGAAAACCUUUUUAAUUGCAUAAAAAU